CCGCUGCUGCUCUGCCUGCUGCCCGCGCCCGCGCCAGGUUUACAAUGUACACAGCCUGCCGAAUCCUGCUUGAAUGGGGGAAAGUGCGAAGCUUACCUCAAUGGGACAGGGCAGUGCCUAUGUAAUGUUGCCCACGUGGGCGAGCGGUGCCAGCUGCCCAACCCCUGCCUCAGCUCCCCCUGCAAGAACGCCGGGACCUGCCACCCCGUCGUGCGUGGCAGCACCGUGGACUACACCUGCACGUGCCGGCUGGGCUUCACUGACAGCCUCUGCCUGACACCCGAGGAGAACGCCUGUCUCAACAACCCCUGCCGCAACGGGGGCAGCUGCGACCUUCUCACCCUCACCGAGUACAAGUGCCGCUGCCCGCCCGGAUGGUCAGGUAAGACCUGCCAGCAGGCUGACCCCUGCGCCUCCAACCCCUGCGCCAAUGGUGGGCAGUGCGUCCCCUUCGAGGCCCACUACAUCUGCAAGUGCACGGCUGGCUUCCACGGGGCCAACUGCAAGCAGGACGUGAACGAGUGCAGCCUCUCGACUCCUGUCUGCAAGAACGGCGGCAUCUGCACCAACGAGGUCGGGACUUACCAGUGCUCCUGCAAGCCUGCCUACACCGGCCAGAACUGCGAGCUCCUCUACGUGCCCUGCAACCCCUCGCCCUGCCAAAAUGGUGGCACCUGCCGCCAGACCGGCGACACCACCUACGACUGCACCUGCCUCCCAGGCUUCACUGGGCAGAACUGCGAGGAGAACAUCGACGACUGCCCCGGGAACAACUGCAAGAAAGGUGGUACCUGCGUAGACGGAGUCAAUACCUACAACUGCCAAUGCCCUCCCGAGUGGACAGGCCAGUACUGCACCGAGGACGUGGACGAGUGCCAGCUGAUGCCGAACGCCUGCCAGAAUGGGGGCACCUGCCACAACAACCACGGCGGCUACAACUGCGUCUGCGUCAACGGCUGGACUGGCGAGGACUGCAGCGAGAACAUCGAUGACUGUGCCAUGGCCGCUUGCUUCCAGGGUGCCACGUGUCAUGACCGCGUGGCCUCCUUCUACUGCGAGUGCCCGCAUGGCCGCACAGGUUUGUUGUGCCAUCUGGACGAUGCCUGUAUCAGCAACCCCUGCAAUGAGGGCUCCAACUGCGACACCAACCCUGUCAACGGCAAAGCCAUCUGCACCUGCCCCUCCGGCUACAUGGGUCCGGCCUGCAACCAGGACGUGGACGAGUGCUCCCUGGGAGCCAACCCCUGUGAGCACGCUGGGAAAUGCAUCAACACGCAGGGCUCAUUCCAGUGCCAGUGUCUCCAGGGGUACUCGGGCCCCCGCUGCGAGAUCGAUGUCAACGAGUGCCUCUCCAACCCCUGCCAGAAUGAUGCCACCUGCCUGGAUCAGAUCGGCGAGUUCCAGUGCAUCUGCAUGCCAGGUUAUGAGGGCGUCUACUGCGAGAUCAACACGGACGAGUGCGCCAGCAGCCCCUGCCUGCACAACGGGAACUGCGUCGACAAGAUCAACGAGUUCCACUGCGAGUGCCCCACAGGCUUCAACGGGCACCUGUGCCAGUAUGACAUCGAUGAGUGCGCCAGCACGCCCUGCAGAAACGGGGCCAAGUGCGUGGACGGGCCCAACACCUACACCUGCGAGUGCACCGAAGGAUUCACUGGCACCCACUGCGAAGUCGACAUCGAUGAGUGCAACCCCGCCCCCUGCCACUACGGGACCUGCCGGGAUGGCAUCGCUGCCUUCACCUGCCUCUGCCAGCCAGGCUACACGGGCCAUCGCUGUGACGUGAACAUCAACGAGUGUCUGAGCCAGCCCUGCAAGAACGGGGGCACCUGCCAGGACCGGAACAAUGCCUACAACUGCCUGUGCCUCAAAGGCACCACGGGCCCCAACUGCGAAAUCAACCUGGAUGACUGUGCCAGCAACCCCUGCGACUACGGCAAGUGCAUAGACAAGAUUAACAGCUACGAGUGCACCUGCAAGCCUGGCUACACAGGGCGGAUGUGCAACAUCAACAUUGAUGAGUGCGCUAGCAACCCUUGCCACAAUGGCGGUACCUGUAAGGACAGUAUCAAUGGCUUCACCUGCAUCUGCCCCGAAGGGUACCAUGACCCCAAGUGCCUGUCGGAAGUGAACGAGUGUAACAGCAACCCCUGCAUCCAUGGGAAAUGCAAUGAUGGACUUAACGGCUACAGGUGCGAUUGCGACCCGGGCUGGAGCGGGACCAACUGCGACAUUAACAACAACGAGUGUGAAUCCAAUCCCUGCAUGAAUGGAGGCACCUGCAAGGACAUGACCAGUGGCUACAUCUGUACCUGCCGGGAGGGCUUCAGCGGGCCCAACUGCCAGACCAACAUCAAUGAGUGCGCCUCCAACCCCUGCCUCAACCAGGGCACCUGCAUCGAUGACGUUGCCGGCUACACCUGCAACUGUCUGCUGCCAUACUCGGGGGCAACGUGUGAGGAUGUGCUGGCCCCCUGUGCCAACAGCCCCUGCAAGAACGGGGGUGAGUGCCGAGAGUCGGAAGAUUACGAGAGCUUCUCCUGCGUGUGCCCCUCGGGCUGGCAAGGCCAAACGUGCGAGAUCGACAUCAACGAGUGUGUGAAGAGCCCCUGCCGCAAUGGCGCCACGUGCCAGAACACCAACGGGAGCUACCGCUGCCUCUGCAAGGCAGGCUACAGCGGCCGCAACUGCGACACCGACAUCGAUGACUGCAAGCCCAACCCCUGCCACAACGGCGGCUCCUGCUCCGACGGCAUCGACGCCUUCUUCUGCGAGUGCCUGGUGGGCUUCCGGGGGCCCAAGUGCGAGGAGGACAUCAACGAGUGCGCCAGCAACCCCUGCCGCAACGGCGCCAACUGCACCGACUGCGUCAACAGCUACACGUGCACCUGCCCCUCCGGCUUCAGCGGGAUCCACUGUGAGAACAACACGCCCGACUGCACCGAGAGCUCCUGUUUCAACGGGGGGACCUGUGUGGACGGCAUCAACACCUUCACCUGCGUGUGCCCGUCCGGCUUCACAGGCAGCUACUGCGAGCAUGACAUCAAUGAGUGCGACUCCAGGCCCUGCCUGAACGGGGGCACCUGCCAGGACAGCUACGGGACAUACAAGUGCACCUGCCCGCAGGGCUACACCGGCCUCAACUGCCAGAACCUGGUGCGCUGGUGCGACUCUUCGCCCUGCAAGAACGGGGGCAAGUGCUGGCAGACCAACAACCUGUACCGCUGCGAGUGCAACAGUGGCUGGACAGGCCUCUACUGCGAUGUCCCCAGUGUAUCCUGCGAAGUGGCUGCCAAGCAGCAAGGGAUCGACGUGGCACAUCUGUGCAGGAACUCCGGCCUCUGCGUGGACACGGGCAACACUCACUUCUGCCGCUGCCAGGCCGGCUACACGGGCAGCUACUGCGAGGAGCAGGUGGACGAGUGCUCCCCGAACCCCUGCCAGAACGGAGCCACCUGCACUGACUACCUGGGAGGCUACUCCUGCGAGUGUGUUGCUGGCUAUCAUGGAGUUAACUGCUCCGAGGAGAUCAAUGAGUGCCUGUCUCACCCCUGCCAGAAUGGAGGAACCUGCAUCGAUCUCAUCAAUACCUACAAAUGCUCCUGUCCCAGAGGCACUCAAGGGGUGCACUGUGAAAUCAACAUUGAUGACUGCAGCCCGUUUUUCGACCCCGUCACCCUGGGGCCCAAGUGCUUCAACAACGGCAAGUGCACAGACAGGGUGGGUGGCUACAGCUGCAUCUGCCCGCCCGGCUUCGUUGGGGAGCGCUGCGAAGGGGACGUCAACGAGUGCCUGUCCAACCCCUGCGACACGCGCGGCACCCAGAACUGCGUGCAGCGCGUCAACGAUUACAAGUGCGAGUGCCGGCCGGGGUAUGCAGGGCGCCGCUGUGACACCGUGGUGGACGGCUGCAAAGGCAAGCCCUGCAGGAAUGGUGGAACGUGUGCGGUUGCCAGUAACACCGGCCGUGGCUUCAUUUGCAAAUGCCCCCCUGGUUUCGUCGGGGCCACCUGUGAAAAUGAUGCGCGCACCUGCGGGAACCUGCACUGCCUGAACGGUGGCACCUGCAUCUCCAUCCACAAGAGCUCCAAGUGCAUGUGCGCACCAGCCUUCACGGGGCCGGAGUGCCAGUACCCGGCCAGCAGCCCCUGCAUUUCGAACCCCUGCUACAACGGGGGCACCUGUGAGUUCUUCAGCGAGGCGGCUCCCUACUACCAGUGCAGCUGCCCCACUAACUUUAAUGGCCUGAACUGCCACAUCCUCGAUUUCGACUUCCCUGGCGGGUUGGGCCAGGACAUCAUCCCGCCCAAGAUCGAGGAGAAAUGCGAGAUCCCCGAAUGCGCGGGGUACGCCGGCAACAAGAUCUGCGACGGGAAGUGCAACAACCACGCCUGCGGCUGGGAUGGAGGGGACUGCUCCCUCAACUUCAACGACCCCUGGAAGAACUGCUCCCAGUCGCUGCAGUGUUGGAAGUACUUCGAUGACGGGAAGUGCGAUUCCCAGUGCAACAAUGCUGGCUGCUUGUACGAUGGCUUCGACUGCCAGAAGGUGGAAGGGCAGUGCAACCCUCUGUACGACCAGUACUGCAAAGAUCACUUCUCGGAUGGGCACUGCGACCAGGGGUGUAACAAUGCCGAGUGCGAGUGGGACGGGCUGGACUGUGCCAACAACAUGCCGGAGAAACUCGCCGAUGGCACGUUGGUUGUGGUGGUGCUGAUCACCCCGGAGAACCUAACGAACAACUCCUCCCACUUCCUUCGGGAGCUCAGCCGUGUGCUCCACACCAACGUGGUCUUCAAGAAGAACGCCCAGGGCGAGUAUAUGAUCUUCCCCUACUAUGGCAAUGAGGAGGAGCUGAAGAAGCAUCACAUCAAGAGGUCCACGGAGAACUGGUCAGACAUGCCCAGCGCUGUCUUCAACAAGCUGAAGACAUCCCUGUACUCCAGCGCUGGCAGGAGGCAGCGGAGAGAGCUGGAUCAGAUGGACGUCAGAGGCUCCAUCGUCUACUUGGAGAUCGACAACCGUCAGUGCAUCCAGUCCUCUUCCCAGUGCUUCCAGAGCGCAACCGAUGUGGCCGCUUUCCUGGGUGCCUUGGCCUCUCUCGGCAAUCUGAACAUCCCCUACAAAAUAGAGGCUGUUAAAAGUGAAACAGCAGAGCCGCCCAGGAACUCCCAGCUAUAUCCUAUGUAUGUGGUGGGGGCUGUGCUCGUCUUGCUUGCCUUCAUUGGAGUGGGGGUGCUGGUAUCUCGGAAGCGACGCAGGGAGCAUGGGCAGCUCUGGUUCCCAGAAGGCUUCAAAGUGACAGAGUCGAGCAAGAAGAAGCGACGGGAACCGCUAGGAGAGGAUUCGGUCGGGCUAAAACCUCUGAAAAAUGCAUCGGAUGGCACCUUGAUGGAUGACAACCAGAAUGAAUGGGGCGAUGAGGAGACCUUGGACACCAAGAAGUUCAGGUUCGAGGAACAGGCGAUGCUGCCAGACACGGACGAUCAGACAGAUCACAGGCAGUGGACCCAACAGCACCUAGAUGCAGCUGACCUCCGGAUUUCCUCCAUGGCACCCACACCGCCGCAGGGAGAAAUCGAUGCAGACUGCAUGGAUGUCAACGUGCGAGGGCCUGAUGGCUUCACCCCACUUAUGAUAGCCUCCUGCAGCGGAGGAGGGCUGGAGACCGGCAACAGCGAAGAGGAGGACGAUGCGCCGGCUGUCAUCUCAGAUUUCAUCUACCAGGGCGCCAGCCUGCACAACCAGACAGACCGUACUGGGGAGACAGCGCUGCACCUGGCUGCCAGGUACUCCCGCUCCGAUGCUGCCAAGCGCCUGCUGGAGGCCAGCGCCGAUGCCAACAUCCAGGACAACAUGGGCAGGACGCCUCUGCACGCAGCUGUCUCAGCGGAUGCCCAAGGAGUCUUCCAGAUUCUGAUUAGAAACAGAGCUACCGAUCUGGAUGCCCGCAUGCACGAUGGGACCACCCCUCUGAUCCUGGCUGCCCGCCUGGCUGUGGAGGGCAUGUUGGAGGAUCUGAUCAAUUGCCACGCAGACGUCAAUGCCGUGGAUGACCUAGGCAAAUCAGCACUGCACUGGGCAGCUGCUGUGAAUAAUGUUGAAGCUGCAAUAGUGCUGCUGAAGAACGGUGCCAAUAAAGACAUGCAGAACAAUAAGGAGGAGACACCGUUGUUCCUUGCGGCCAGGGAGGGGAGCUAUGAAACGGCCAAAGUCCUCUUGGACCACUUUGCAAACCGCGAUAUCACGGACCACAUGGACCGGCUCCCUCGGGACAUCGCGCAGGAGCGCAUGCACCACGACAUCGUGCGGCUGCUGGAUGAGUACAACCUGGUACGGAGCCCGCCGCUGCACAACGGGCCGCUGGGUGCCCCCACACUGUCCCCUCCACUCUGCUCUCCCAACAGCUACAUCGGCAACUUGAAACCCGCCGUGCAGGGGAAGAAAGCUAGGAAACCAAGCACCAAGGGCCUGAGCUGCAACAGCAAGGAUUCCAAAGACAUCAAGGCCAGGAGGAAGAAAUCACAAGAUGGAAAAGGCUGCCUCCUGGAUAGCUCCAGCGUGCUGUCGCCGGUGGACUCCCUGGAGUCACCCCAUGGGUACCUGUCUGAUGUAGCUUCUCCCCCGCUGAUGACCUCUCCAUUUCAGCAGUCACCGUCCAUGCCUCUGAAUCACCUGCCAGGCAUGCCUGAUGCCCACAUAAGCAUCAAUCAUCUCAACAUGGCUGGGAAGCAGGACAUGGCCAUGGGCGGCACCAGCAGGAUGGCCUUUGAUUCGGUGCCUCCACGCCUCUCCCACCUCCCUGUUUCCAGCCCAAGCACGGUGAUGAGUAGCACCCCUAUGAAUUUCUCUGUCAGCGGAGCUGCCAGCCUCAAUGGGCAGUGCGACUGGCUGUCAAGGUUGCAGAACGGCAUGGUCCAGAACCAGUAUAACCCAAUGAGAAACAACAUGCAGCCAGCGACGCAUCAGCAGAAUCAAGGCCUUCAGCACGGCAUGAUGACCUCCCUGCAUAACGGCAUGCCCACCACGACCUUGUCACAAAUGAUGAGCUACCAGGCUAUGCCAAACACCCGGCUGGCCUCCCAGCCUCAUCUGAUGCAGCCCCAGCAGUUGCAACAGAUGCAGCAGCAGCAGAAUUUACAGCAGCAGCUGCAACAGCAAAACAUGCAGCCGCCUCAGGGGCCGCAGCCGCAGCCGCCACCAUCGCAACAGCAGCAUCACGGCGCCGCCUCGAAUGCCAGCGGCCACCUGGGCCAGAACUUCCUGGGCAACGAGUUGAACCAGUCAGACAUGCAGCCGGUGAGCGGCGGCUCCAUGGCAGUGCACACCAUCUUGCCGCAGGAGACCCAGAUGCUGUCCACGUCUCUCCCAUCCACCCUCACGCAGUCCAUGACCACCACCCAGUUUUUAACACCACCCUCCCAACACAGUUACUCCUCCCCAUUGGACAAUACGCCCAAUCACCAGCUGCAGGUGCCUGACCAUCCUUUUUUAACACCUUCCCCUGAGUCGCCAGACCAAUGGUCGAGCUCAUCACCUCAUUCCAACGUCUCUGAUUGGUCAGAGGGGAUCUCCAGUCCUCCCACGAGUAUGCAGUCACAAAUGGGACACAUCCCAGAGGCCUUCAAGUGAAGAGCAUGUCCCAAAGGCACUGACACACGGUGAGACUGGGAACUUUGAAAAAGAUUUCGAAAAAAUAAAAAAUGCCUAGGGACAUUGGAUGCUUUGACAGAAGGAUCCUUUUUAUAUGUUUUUAUACAAAAUAAAGAAACAAAAUUUAAUUUUUUUUUUUAGUAUUUAUUUAUGUACAUUUUAUUUUACAUGAAAACACUGCCUUUUUAUUUAUAUGUUCUAUUGGUAACUCAAGAUGGGACACUUCACUUGUGCUCAAAAAAUUCAAGAACAUUAGAUUUUUUUAGGUUUUUUUGGGGGGCGGGGAGCAUUAAUAAGUUGCUUGGACGUUUAUGUAAAGCUAUAAGCAAUGAUUCGUGAUUAUGAAAUGCCAUUUAUUUAUUUUCUUUUUCCUUUCAAAUCCAGAAAGUUAUGUUGGGGGG